AUGGAUCGUCUAAUUAGUAAAAAACUGGAUAAAGAUUUUUCUCGACAUGAAGAUUAUGAUAACAUAAAACAAAUUUGUUCUGGGUCAAGUGGAACCAUUUCUAAGGCGAUACACAGGAAAAUUAAAAAAACAGUCAUACUUAAGCAAGUUAGCUUAAACGAAGAAUUUAAUCUAGUGGAUCUUUUGGAUUCU